AUGGAUUUAAGCAACUUAGAGACUAGCGAUGACGUCUUGCUAGGUGAUAGCUGCGUCCCCGUUGUACCGCCAUCCCUCUUGGCGCCAGCUCCUGUUUUAGACUUCGGCUUCCACCCGAAGCUUCCGAUCUUCGCGGUGGGGAUGGUAACGGGUGAGGUCGCCAUCUAUGAGUAUAACGGCAGCGAUGUGAUGCAAAAACCGCUCGUGAACGACUUCACGUCGUGGGUUUUCGGGCGCAAUAAACUCUACGAUGAGUCCAAAGUGGUGGUGAGCGAAACGAACGGCAGCAUGCGCCUGCACCCCCACGGCAGCAUCACCUCAAUGGAGUUCACCGAUGAUGGCGCGUAUUUGGUUUCGGCGAGCAGCGAUCGGACCGUCUCCGUGCUUGACUGCGUUACCUCCUGCCUUGUGAUUCACCUCACCGCCGAUUCGAUGGAGGUGGCGGCGAAGAAGACGAAGAACGCGAAUGGGUUGAAACCCCAACGGAAUGGAAAUGCCCCUGCGAAGACGACGCGAAAGACGUCCUCGAAGCGCUACACGGUGACCCCCAACCCCCAUCAGUACGGCAUCGCGUCGUUGUGCGUUUGCGAUGAAAACCUCGUGGCCACGGGCGACGACGACGGGUUGAUUGCGGUGUGGGAUAUGCGAGAACGACGACCGGUGCACGUCUACCACGAACACGGCGAUUACGUCUCGCAGCUCAUCUUCUUCACGGACGUGCAGGAGCUCGUUUCAGGAAGUGGGGAUACCUGUUUGGGCGUGUACGACGUCCGCGCGGGCCGCAUUCGUGACUUUAGCGAGCCUCGCAACGACGAGCUCAACUGCUUCGCCUUUAUUAACAGCAGCGGGGCGAAUCGGGAGACCUUCACGCCGAGCAUCAUCUGCGGGACCCCGUCCGGGAGCUUGCCGAUUUGGAAGUACGGCUCCUGGCGCCGCCCGUAUGACGUGCUGGAUCGUCACCCGCGGGAGUGUGAGAGCAUCAUCAGUUUUAAUAGUGAAACCACCGUGGUGGGGAAUAAUCUCAUCCUCACCGGCGCCUGUGAUGGGCUCGUGCGGGUUGUCCAAAUGUACCCCUUGCGGCGUAAUCUCUGCCAACUUAGCGCGCGGGAUUACACCUAUUCGCACGCCAACAGCAUCGCCUCGUCUUCUAACGCGACGGCAAAUUCCUAUCAUAAUAGCAACUACAUCGUCCGGAAGCAGCGCGGGCAUGAGGGGAUCACGCGCAUGCAUGUGAGCCAUGAUAACCAGAUGCUGGCAGUGGGAGGGGAUGACAAUAUCAUCGACUUUGUCGACAUUCGCUUCUUAAAUGACGAGAAGGCCAUCGACGUGUUGCGAAACAAGACGGAGCGGCGACAUAUGAGCACCCUCCGCGAGAUCGAGCUCGACGCUGCGGCCGAGGAAGAGCGUAAGCAACGCCUGGAAGAGGAGGGGGAGGAAGAGGAAGAGGAAGAGGCGAGCAGUGAAAGUAGCGACGCGAUGCAGAACGACAGCUCCUCGGGCUCAAGCGACAGCGACUCGUCGGAUGAGGACUCGGAGCCCUCAAGCGAGGAGGAGUUGGCGCCGAGAAAGCGGCAAAAGCAGCAAAACGACCACGACGACGACCAGGGCAACCCAACGAGCGGUAAACGCGGCGCGACGGCGACGAAGCAAUCGAAGGCAUCUCGCACUUCCCAUCCCGUUGAAACGGCAGUGGAGGAUAACAAGGUGGCGGUCGAUCCGAUGGAGGAACUGCAGCUGAGCCGACAACAAAAGCGCGAGCGCGUCGCGGCCGCGAAGUGGUUAAAAGAAGAGAAGAAGAAGAAGAUUAACUUUACGUUUGAGAAGCGGCGCCGACGCGUGGGUGGCUUCUUCAGCGAUAUGACCAGCUAUAACGAGUAA